ACAUGGCCUCCAUGCUGUCUGAGGAGCAGUUCCAGUGCUGCAUCUGUCUAGACAUCUUUACCAACCCUGUCUCCAUCCCAUGUGGUCACAAUUUUUGCCUGGACUGCAUCAAACUCUAUUGGGAUACGAAGGGUAAACCAGAGUGCCCGCUGUGCAAAGAGACCUUGAGAUAUCGCCCCCUACUCAGGGUCAACCAAGUCUUCACUGACAUCACAGAGUACUUCAAAAGGUCCAUUUAUGCCAAGACGUGUCAGGAGGAGGACAAAGAUACGGCGUUGCUGCUGGAAACCGAGAGGUGUUCCUCAGGGCAGCGUUCUGGGGCCGAUGAAGUUGUUUGUGAUAUCUGCACUGGCAACAAGCUAAUGGCUGUCAAGUCAUGCCUGGUUUGUCAGGUGUCUUACUGUGAGGCCCACCUGGUACCUCAUCAGAGGGAGACGGCCUUGAGCAGGCACAGGCUGACGGAUCCGGCAACCUUCACCACCCAAAACCUCUGCAGAAAGCAUGCCAGUCCCCUGGAGAUGUUCUGCAAGAGAGACAAGACUCCAGUGUGUGUGAAAUGCACACAGACAGACCACAAGAAUCACAAGACCGUCCCUAUGGAGAGGGAGAGCAGGAGGAUUAAGAGUCAACUGAAGAAGACAGAAACAGCACUGCAACAGAAGAUCCAGACCAGACUGAGAAAGAUGGAGGAGAUCAAACACUCAGUGCAGCUGAGCAAAGAAAACACUGAGAAAGAGAUAGAGGGCAGCUUUCAGAUCUUCACCAAGCUGAUAAGCGACUUUGAGAGAAGCCAGGCUGAGCUCACUGAGGAGAUCAAGGAGAGGCAGAAAGCAGCUGAGCGGAGGGCUGACGAGCUCCUCAACGAGCUGGAGGAGGAAAUUAAUGACCUUAAGAGGAGGAACGCUGAGCUGGAGCAACUGGGACAGACUGAAAACCAUCUCCACCUUCUGCAGAGCUUCCCCUCUCUCAGCACCCUCCCAGCCACCAAGGCCUGGUCUCAGGUCAGCGUCCACCCCAACACCAACGUGGGCACAGUGAGGAGAGCCGUCUCAAAGCUGGUGGACGUCUGCAGAGAACUUGAGAAGAAACUGUCUGCGGAUGAGAUGAUCAGGACUAAUCAAUAUGCAGUGGAUGUGACUGUGGAUGCUGCUACUGCUGCUGCCUGGCUGGUCCUGUCCCCCGAUGGAAAGAAGGUGAGCUACAGCUACCAGCAGAGGAAGGUCCCGCUCCUCGCUGACCCGCGAAGGUUUGACUCCUGUGUGUGUGUCUUGGGGACGCAAGGCUUCACUGCUGGAAGAUGCUACUGGGUCGUACAGGUUGGGGAUAAAACAGACUGGGACGUGGGCGUGGCCAAGGAGUCCAUCAACAGGAAGGGGAGCAUCACGGUGCGGCCCGACCAUGGUUACUGGGCGAUCUGCCGGCGGGAUGGCGGCAGCCUCAGAGCCUGCACCGGCCCGUCCAUCACCCUCAACCCCAGGGAGAACCCCCAGAAAAUAGGUGUGUUCCUGGACUACGAGGAGGGGACGGUCUCCUUCUACGAUGUGGAAAGAGAGUCUCACAUUUAUACUUUCAACGGCUGUGUGUUCACCGAGGCCCUUUACCCGUACCUAAACCCCUGUCUCCAUAACAACGGGAGGAACAUGGCGCCGUUGGUUAUCUGUCCUGUCAAUGGUUGGGUCACAGGAGGGCUUGGAGAGGGCGUUCUCGCUGAGGUCCCGUCCUCACCUCCACCACAGCCACAGCGGGCCAGCCAGUUUGCUCACACUUGCUUAUGA